AUGGCGGACAAGCAAACUGUCGCGGUCGUUGGCUCGGGCAUGGCAGGCCUGGUCACUGCGUUUCUUCUCCAACAGGACAAGAAGGGCCGAUAUGAUGUGCAAUUGUUUGAGACACAAGACCAUCUCUCUCUAGACUCCGCCUCCUACACCAUCACAAAAGACCAUGGCCACAACUCGACGCCUUAUCGCAUUGACCUACCCAUGCGCGCAUUCGGCGAUAACUGUCACAAUAACUUGAAACGCAUGUACGACUACUUCGGGAUACAAUAUGGGAGAAAGAAGUUCAUUUAUCCGUUGACGACACUUUCCGAGAAGAAGGCAUUGCAUUUUAUCUACUCGUCCGCGAACCACCAAAUACCUCCGAUCCGCCCACCAACGAGCAGCUAUGCCAGCUGGAUUAUAAAAACAGCCUAUCUAGGACUCUGCUAUUUCUGGCUCAUGCUAUGCUGUUUCUUCGUCCAGUCCAAGGAAGCCACCGCACAACACGAAGAGGAAUCGCUCCGACAGUAUCUCGAACGGAUCUGGUUGCCACACUAUUUUGUCCGAACAUAUAUCUGCCCCAUGUUCACGAGUAUCACGACCUGCUCGCACGAGGAAUUUUUGGACUUUCCAGCGAAAGAUUUUGUGGAAUUUGCUAAGAAGAUAUAUCGCCGGCCACAGUACUACGUCACCGGUGGCGUUCACCACGUCCAAGCCACCAUCGCCAACGGUCUGUCCGUUAAACUUCGCACCACUGUGACGUCCGUGGAACAUACCGGUACCAAAACGCGCGUGACAUGGGUUGAGGGGGAGAAGGAAGGUUCUGCUAUGUUUGACCAUGUAGUAAUGGCAGUGACCCCAAAUGUUGUGGGCGCGAUAUACCAACCUCUUCGCGAUGCGAUGAAUUCAAUACCUGUUGUUCCCGUUCAAUCGAUCAUACACCGCGACGCAGAUGUUAUUCCCGAGUGUGGCGAGGAGGUAAGAGUACAAGCUACCAAGCAAGGCAACCAACGUGAUGUCUUGCACAUCUGCUCUGAUGACAAUGCCACGGAAACACACCACGAACACCCCUCUUCUGUCUACGUUACGACCUUCCCCAUUUCUUCUAUUGAUCCAUCGAAAAUCAUCCAUCACGUACAAUUCUCGCGGACACUGCGAAGCGUAAAGAGCAGAUGGAUCGUCAAUCAGUUAAUGGGCAAUGGUAUACCGAUUGGUCAGGGCGAGAAGGAACAGAUCUGGCGCAAUGGCGAUGGCAAUGUCUGGCUCGCGGGGUCAUGGUGUUAUGACGGCAUGGUGUUGCUUGAGGGGUGUAUGGAGUCCGCGAUGACGGUUGCAGAAAGACUGGGUGUUGAAGUGCCGUGGGUGGACAAAAGUGAUUAA